CAUUAUUGAAUCUCUUCAAAGAUAACAUCUAGGGUUUGUCCUUAGAAUUCGCUUUUCGUAGAUUUCUCUAUUGAACCGGUCUCCGUUCCAUUUCUUCUCGAAGCUGCGAGCUCCAUCCAUGGCUGAUUCUCUGAGACUGAUGAGUCUUCCAGAUUGUGCUUGAAAAAGCUGUAAGCUAUCCACUUCUAAUCAUCGCUCGCCUUCUUUCUUCCUAGUUAUUGAAUUUCGAAGAAUGCAAUGCGUCGUUUACUUUCCAAGUACAUCUCAUUAACCGCCCAAAUCGUAUUCGGUAGGGUUAGAGAUUCAGCUCCCUUCCGAAACUAUUCGAACUUUCAGAGGGAUAUACAAUCUAUUAAAUCAUUCUCUACUUUUAGCAAUGGUCGUAGUAGAAAUAUUGGUAGUGGUAGCAGCAGCAGAGUCGUCACUGCCUCUUCUACAGAUGACCAGCAGGAGGCUCCCUUGACUGUCGGGGGCCUGGCCAAGGCCAAGCCGUUACUUGUUGGCCGUGGAUCCUCAGAGGGACCUAAGUUGGUUCUCAAACUGUUGGAGAGUACUGGGUUUCCCCAAACCGGAAUCAAGAGAAUAGUUUCCUUGGUUCCUGAGAUUCUCUCUUACGAUUCUAAUAAAUGCCUCAAGCCUAAGAUUGAUUUUCUUCGUUCAGUUGGUCUGUCUGAAACCGAUGUUGUGAAAAUGAUCACUUCACAUCCACCUUUACUAAAUCGAAACUUGAAGAAUCACAUUAUCCCCUUAUUUGAUUUUCUCAGAACUUUGCUGGGUGGUGAACAGUGUGCGGUUUAUUUCAUCAAACGUCACCCAUUAAUUUUCAAAUACAAUGUCUCGGAUAAUAUGGCACCCAAUUUGUCAGCAUUACAAGAUAUCGGCUUUCGCAAUAUUAAAAAAUUGAUGAGUAUAUCAAGAUUUACCAGGGUGUUAGGAGAAGUAAAGCCUAGUCGGUUCAAUAAGAUUGUUAACGAGGUAAUGGAUAUCGGUUUUGAUUCCUCGUUGUCACACUUUAUAAGUGCAAUCAUUGCCAUGGCAUCUCACACUGAAAAGACCUGGGAGAAGAAACUCAAGUUUUAUGGAAGUUUGGGUUUCUCUGACCAAGAGGUCCUCUCUAUGUUCAAGAAGCAACCCACGUCAAUGGAGAUAUCAAAGGAAAAAAUAAGAGCAGCAGUGCAGUUCUUCACUAAAAAAUUUCACUGGAGCCCGACGCAGAUAUCAGCAAGGCCAGGCAUUCUGCUAUAUAACUUGGAAAAGAGAGUUAUCCCAAGAUGUUCAGUUUUGCAAGCAUUAGUGGCAAGAAACAAGGUUCGUAAGAAUGUAUCGGUUCUCAGUUUGGUCUGUAUUAGUGACAAGGACUUUGAAGAUAAGUAUGUGACUAAGUACAUGGAAGAGGUUCCGGAAGUGGUGGAUGCCUACCAAGGUACAUGGUUACCCAAAUAGUCCCGUACUGAAUGUUUCUCUGGUCACAUGCUUUAAAUCUGGAUCGAAGCUUUACAUCAAAAUUGAUGGGAAUGUGGAGUGUCAACAAAAUUCUGCAAAAGUUUACCAGUGAUAUUUGUAGCAGUUAAGGGGUAAUUUGAAUGCUUGAAAAGAGAAAAAAAUCAUUGGGAAACCGACGGUGAUCUAAUUAUAUGCAAAACAGGAUUAAGAAAAAGGAACUAAAAAUGGAAAAUGUAUUCUUCUGCACCCCACAGCUUUUUGUUAUAUGUAUGCAUCUAACUAGUUGUUGAAGGCAAACUGUUAGUUUUGCUCUUUUUUU